UAUACAAAAAAAAAUAAAUAAUGCAGCAUUUGGCACUAUUCGUCUGCUUUUCUGCAUAAAGGCGUCUGCUACUGUCUUUCCAAAUUCUCCGCUUGGAUCAGUAGAAAUUACUGAUCUAAGCUGAGAAUCUCAGCUACUUGAUACGACCCAUGGUGUACUAUUGGAUUUCUUGCAGCGUAAAUGUUUCGAUUUAUUGACGUAUUAAAUGAAGAUGUUGAAUUCCAUUGCUUAAGCAGUAAAUUUUCAAUAUGCCGAUAGAUAUUAAUGACUUGUCAGAAGGCUGGCUUGAACUUGAGAGUGAUCCAGGUAUUUUCACCUUGUUACUGGAAGAUUUGGGUGCCUGUGGAGUACAAGUAGAAGAAGUAUAUGAUUUACAGAAACCCCUUGAUGGGGAUGCCCCUGUUUAUGGCUAUAUUUUUUUGUUUCGUUGGAGAGAACGAUCCAGAAGAAAAACCAUUUUGGAUGCUGAGCAGUUCAUCAAAGAUGAAGCAGCCAUUAAUAACAUGUUUUUUGCCCAUCAGGUGGUACCAAAUAGCUGUGCUACACAUGCACUGCUCUCGAUCCUUUUGAAUUGCCCACAGGUUACUCUGGGUCCCACACUAUCUAGACUGAAACUAGAUACUUCUGGUAUGAGUCCUGAUAAUAAGGGUUUGGCCAUUGGUAACACACCUGAGCUGGCAUUGGCACACAAUUCGCAUGCGGCUCCGGCGGUUGCUUGCGACAGAAACGAGCGUAAUGCUAACGUCCCUUCUUCUGGUCGAUUUAGUGCCGAAGCGUUUCACUUUGUUAGCUAUGUACCCGUCGACGGCCAACUUUUUGAGUUAGAUGGCUUAAAACCUUUUCCAAUUGAUCAUGGACCCUGGGCUGCAAACGAAGACUGGACAGAGCUAUUUAGGCGUGUAAUACAAGAACGAAUCGGGUCAGCAACCGCAGGAGGAGAGCCCUAUCAUGAUAUUCGGUUCAGCCUCAUGGCUGUCGUUCCGGAUAAACGAUUGGCGGUCCGCCAAAGAUUAAAUCUGUUAAAAACAAACCGAAAAAUUGUUUUAGAUGCUCUACGGCAAUUGACGUUGCUCUCUGGUGGUCCCAGAGAAACUGGGAGGAAGACACCAAGUGAUAAGGCUUCCGCCGAAGAAUACAGAAAUACUGAAAUGGAAACCGAGAAUCCUUCGUUCGAAACGCUGACAAUUCAAACAUCUCCGAAUUUAAUUAGCAAUUACAGCACAGACACUGCAUCAGAAUCAGGAUCAGCUUUUAACUCUCCUAAUCUGACUCAACCACAACCAACGAGUACCGAUCUAGCAAACAGCACUUUUGUCAAGGAUUUCAGUCGGCUUGUCGUCGUUAAAAUGAGCGCCCAAUCAGCCGAUUUGGUGGGAGGCGUGGUCGCCAGCAAAACCGAAAAUCAUUUAUUGAAAGCAAAUGACGAUUCUCAACCAUUAGCAGAUUUUAUCAGCCCUAGAAGUGGAAUGGUAGAGAUGGAAACGAAUGUUAUUGGAGAACGGCGAAACCAACAACAGCGUUUUGGACCAUGUGAUUUAAUGGCUCUGCUCAAAAGUUUGGAAAAAGAAAUUGAUACAUAUGAAGUUCUUCUUGCCGAAGAGAUAGAAAAACGAAAAAAAUACCGGGUUGAUGAUUGUCGCCGUACCCAUAAUUAUGACGAAUUCAUUUGCACAUUUCUCUCCAUGUUAGCAGAGAGAGGAACGCUGGCUUCACUUGUCGAGCAGCAUACAACUAGAAGAAAGCGAUCGCACAGGAGUAGCCCUGGUACGGAAUCACCUAAUGGGCGCCAUAAGAAAGGCCGUUCUCGAAACAAACGCCGCCGAUAAACCACUUCCAUACACAUACACGAAAUCAUUCGUCCUCGACAUUGUACAUUCUUUUUAAGUGCAUCAGCGUUCACAUCCUCUAAAAGUGUUGAAUAUUGUCCUUAAUGUUGGUCUCGUUUGCCUGAUGUCGGUCAGCAAGACCGAUGAUGCUUGCUCGCUGAGCACACAUACUACAUUUUAUGAAUUGUCGUUUGUUUGCUCUUUUCGUUGCGUAAAAAUAAAGCAAACUUUGUAAUAAG